GAGCAGGUCAAAGGUCAAUCACAAAGUCCAAAAGCAGGAAAGUUCAUAAUGACUCUAAGAUGAUGGUGAUUUGUGUAUAGAGCUGAAAACACACUCUCGCUAACAGUAUGAGUAGACGCAGAGACAGACAAGCCGAGCACAAACAACUGAAAAAGUUCCUGGAGCCCAGCAAGGACUCGUUGAAGAGACUCAGAUCACUCAACCAAGGCCUAGAUAAGAGCACUGAUGAAGAGAUCAAGUCGUUCUACACUGAACACUCGUCAGCCGUCUUCUACUGUGUGUACACCUCAUUCACCAUAGUCGAGGCUAACAUACACGACAGAGUGGUGAAGGGCAAGGGCUACAGUGAGAUCUUCAUUAAGGACCUGAUAGAGCUUGUUUUGCCAGCCCUACAGAGAGUGUUGGAGUUUCUGCCAGAGCUGAUUCACAGGAAGUGGCAGUUCAACAGCAUAUGUACAAUAGUUCGUAAGCUGUUCCACCCUCAGAAUGGACUCAAGAUCAGGAAAUAUGCACUCAAGCUACUAGUGCUCUGGAUCCAAGCCCUGCAGGAGAAUGCUGGUGAUGCUUGCAUGGAACUGUUUGCAUCAGCCAUCCCUCACUUCCCUCCUAAUAAGACUCCGCUAGGCCUCCCCACGGACUCAUUGGACACGCCCACUUUCUCAGCCGGUGGUCUGUGUGAGCGCUAUGGUGUGUACUCAAGUAGCUCAGUAUCUGCUGACAAUGGUGGACUGAUCCCCAAGAGUAACUCCAUAGGAGCAGCAAUGAAAGAUGUGGUGCAUGUGGGCAUGAUCUACCCGCUGUCCUCCCCUUCCUCUCUGGACAAGGAUAACCUCACUCUGGAGCUCAUGGAGAACCUCCUCAAGUGCCUCACUAGUCAGCUGUUCUCUCUCCAUUGGGACGAUCCCUCCAACUUUGUGAGGGGGUUCAGCUUCCUAUUCUUCCUGUUCAAGCUCUUUUACCUUGCCCCCCUCUACAAGGAGUUCAGGGCCAAGGCUGGUCUGUACACACAACCACCACCACCCACUAUCCAUUCUUCUGAGGGUAAUGGUGAUAACGAGGAGGGCUUACAGACAUUGCCGGAAAACCCCUCCCAGGAAUCACACGUCCUCAGCACACCCCCAUUGUCUCGUCGCAAACACGGGCGCACUAGCCCCUACCGAAUGUCCUCUGUGAUCAAGCUCGAAUACAACACCUCUCAUCCAAUCUACGCUAAGAUCCAGAACCUUAUACUACACUCUAUCCUCAAGUGGGUCCUUCCUAGUAAUGGAGGACAGAGAAGCAGCACCACACUUGAGAGUAGCCCCUCCUCCUCUCCCUUGUUCCCACGGAGGAUCAGCUUCCCCCUGACAGGAGUUGAGCUCAUGAGAGAAAUGUGGUUCACUAAUCGAGACAACGUGAAUUUGUUGCUGGAAAUUUGUCGAGUUGGAUUCCAGACUCCACUCUCUGAGGCCACCACUUUGAAAAAACUCAUUGAGCUCUACUUUCACUGGGAGCAGACUGCACAAAAGCCACCAUUCAUGAAUCCUGCUCCGGUCCAAAGCUAUGGUGAGACCACACCCAGCACACCACCUCUCCUAGGCACCUCUGACCACUCCCACUCUGCUCCGAGCCGACUCUCAAUUCUCUCCUGGGAGCAGCUGAGUUGUUACGAGGGCUUCGUUGCAACAACUGUACAAGCCGGGCCCCAGUCAUCUCUAAGGAUGAUUGUGUGUCACACGUGUCAGGUGUUCCUCAAGAAGGCAGAAAAGAGGGAGGAGCUUGACAGUCAGAUUGAGAUGUGCCGUAAGAUCCUUCGCCUCUACCAGGAGAUAGCAAUGACUGGAGACAUGGACCACGACACAUGGGAGUAUAGUCUGGCGGUGCUGCUCCACCUGACAGUGAGACUGCUCGCUGGCCCACCCCCCACAAACAGGAACUCUACUCUCGGUGGCACACUGGCAGAGCUACUACUCAGGACCCUUUUGAUCUACUACCUCCGAGCGUCCAUGGCGACCAAGGUGUCCCCUCAUUUGUGGGACGAUCUCCUGACUGUCGUAUCCUCUCUGACACGGUGGAAGGAGGUCAUCACUGAGUGGCAGUUUGUGAUGAGCUCAAUGACGAGCGUACUGGCACAGACAGUGUACGGACUCAACCUACUGGACCUUCCUCUGAGCAAGCUGGACAAAGGAGACCAUAAUAGCAGAGCAGCCAGUCGACGAUCGGCGACUAGUAAAGAGAUUCCUUCCUCACGUCGUCUCGACUCUUUCUCCACUAUCAACAUACUGACCGUAUCAUCCAUCAGACUCACUCAAAGGAGGGACACAGCUGACGGUCAAUUGAGGCUUCGAAACUUGAAAAAAAAGACUCCGCACAUCAAACACAGUGGGAAAUCAAACACAGAGGAGGCUGGGAAUAACCCUAAUCUGGAACUGUCUCAUUUGAGGAAGAAGCAUUCACUGCCAUCGACUCUGUCUGAGGUGCAAAUGGCGACUGGGGCCCCUCAAUUGUGUGUAGUUCCCGAAAACAGAGAGGACGGUUCAAGUCCCGAAUCACUAGAGCCAAUGCCAAUGAGAAGUGUCACCACAUCCACGUUAGUCUCGCUUGGUAAUUACGUGAGUGAAGAGAAACAAGACUUGCUAGUCCCUCAGGGCGUGCCGUCACCAGGGGCACUCUCUCUACCAGCUGAGUUCAUUCUAGAGUCCAGUGAAGUUGUAGACGAUUCCUCUGAACACUGCCGACAAUUAGAACAAUUGAAAGAAGAAAGGAAAGGUUCGAUGUUUGUAAAUCUUGAUACAAGCUCACCUAGCCCUGAUUCUGUAGUCUCGAAAAACAAAAACUUCUUUUCCUCUGAGCAGCGAAAUAGCAAAAACUCCAAGUCUCGAAAGCCACCAGCACCGGAUCUAGUACUAACAAAUGAAAACGUGAGUGACAGCGAGCAAGAGAGUCGCAAGUCUCUACGCUCUCACCGGUCUAGCUCUGAGAAUCCCAAUGUAGAUUCCCCCCUUGUCAUUUCCACCGUCAUGGAGGCCACCGACUCUGAUAUCUUUGAGAAUAGAAGACUGGCUACGAUACGAAAAUCAUCCAGUGAGGGCAAUAUUCAUCGUAUAAUACUGUGCCCUGAUAUGGACCCUAAACCAACGGAAAUUGAAGGCUCUAACAGUAGUCAUGUGAUACGAAGAGUGCUGAGUUCGUCUAUCAACGAAAAUGAGAAUGUCGGAGCAGGAGUUGGCGAAUCGUUCUCUCAUGCAUCAUCUUCUCCUUCUAUGUCGCCUCCAGCCACGUCUAAAGAGUUCCACCCUCCACUGCCCCAGUCGCCACCCAAGCCACAGGGUGAGUGGACUGCUGAGUCAGUAGCUCUCAUCUGGCAGAGAAUGUUGAAGGUAUUGGGAGACAUCAACAAGAUUCAAGACCCGGGCAUCCACUCUGAGGCUAUGGGUUGCUUGGAGAACACCUGGAGAUCUUUGGUUGAUAUGUCUGCGAACCUGGGCAUCCCAAUUGGGUCCAGCCCCACCCCUCCACUACCGGAGUACGUGCCCCCACUCUCUGUGUUCUUCCCCUGGGUCAUCAAGGCCUGCUCCUUACCUCAGCGCUACCUCGGUGGUCGUAUCAAGGCCCAUAAGAUGCUCUGUAGGAUGGUGAUUCGUCACUGGCACACCCUCCCCUCACAAGCACAGCUGGCCCACUUCUAUAGACUCAUGCACAGUGCAUUUCAGCCGAACUCUGACAUUUUGCGUGUUGCUGUCAAGUAUGGCUUCAAACUAUUUUCUCACUGUCUCCCUGGCUCAAGCAUUCUCCUCAGAGACUCCAUCAUUGCCAUCGAUUCCGUUCUCUCCUCCUCCUCAAAGGGUAGCCUCCCUCGAAAUGAAGCCCUCCACUUUUUGGGCACCCUGCUGUGUCUACCUGAUCACUACCCGAAUGUACCCGUGCUUGGUGAGGGUGUGGAGAUGUGUGGGCAUGAUGUGGAGGUGUGUGAGCGUGAGGGUGUGAAGGGCGUGGAGCUGAAGGAACAGAUUCUAAGUCUCCUCUACCGCUCAGCUAAGACAGAGCCACUAAGGAACACACGAUGUCUGGCAGUGUUUCAAGUUGGUUUGCUAGUGUUCACUGAGCUACGAGCUGGUAGAGAAUCACUGAGGCUGACAGAAGGAGUUGACAUCUUACUGGCUUCUCUACACUUUUCCGAUCGGGCUGUUUCUAUGGCAGCAGUGGACAUGCUCAGUAUGCUGGUUGAGGUGGCUCCGUGUAUCCUCUCCCUGUACCACUCACUGCCGGCCAGGAUCCUGCAGGCACUCUGUUACGCCAUCGCAGUGUUUCUGAGUGAGGAGGUAGAGGGAUCCUCGUGGUUGGACAAACUGGUGGUCACUCUCAUUCUUUGUCUGAGGGACUGGCUAGUAGCGCUGCCCAUCCCACUCAUGGUCAGUGAGGGAGCUCUAGACAACAGCACACUCAAGUCGGUUUUUGAGGUGCUCCAGGUGGCGGCGGGCAGCAUUGAAUUAUCCAAGCAGGUGUUCACAGUACGUAACCCCGUGACUCUGACACUGGCCCCAAUGGACCACUCACAGGGACGCUCUCCUCGGGGGGAGCAUAGUGGGCGUGUCUCCAAGGAUAGGACCACACCCACACCACACAAGAGCACCGACAGUGUGCAGCUGUCCUCGUAUAGACUGACUAACCUUGUGGACAAGGUCCAAAUAGCAGCAAGAUCGGUUAUCACUCAUUUGUUGAAUCUGUUGGGGCAUUUCCCGUUCUCCUGUGGGUCUGCCCAGAUGAGCUCGGUGGUGCGUGAGUAUCACGACAGCCCCACCUUCCAACAUAUGCACGAGCUAUCCACCGAGAUAUUCGACUCUCCUAGAGUUCAGUUCUUCUCUUUCAACAACACGGCCAUCGUCACUCUGGUCGAGAUUCCAACUCAACUGAGUGGCGUGCCUUCAGAGGUUAAGACGGCCAACUACCAGACGAGAGUGAUAGUGAGGGAUGUGAGUGGCAAGUACAGCUGGGACAGUGCCGUGCUCUACGGGCCAGAGAAGACCCCCUCACAAGAUGACCACCACCCAUCACUGACGAGCUCUGAGACUGCAGAGUCUCUAAUGGACUAUCUGUCCCUGAUCUCCCAGUCUACCCCCGUCCCUGACUCGCCCUCUCUCCCCAGUGACCCCCUCCAACCACCCUCCUGGAGAACACAUAACAACUCAAGCAGAGACGUCCUGGAAGAUCUACUGGUGCAUAUUGAGACCACCAGUCCUGAGUGUGUGUUGUUCCCUGGUACCUCGGGACUGUGUGAGGCUGUGCCUGUGGGGAGUGGUGUGGGCGUAAGGAACGAGGGUGUGAGAGGGACAGAAGAGGAGAUGCUCCUCUUAUUGAAUCACCAACACUUUAACGAGCAGAGAUAUGUCAACGAAACAAAACACAUGCAAAGUAUGCAGGGAGAGUGUGCAGCCAUUCCCAAGUUCUUCCCCAGUUCUCUGCCCUUCCAUCACUGCCGACUCUUCUUAUCACAUCUGGGCAUGCUCAGUUGGGAGAAAAGGAACCACUUGGACCUGCUGGAGAAGAGCAAGCAGUUGAUCCUGGAGCUGAAGCAUCUCGAUAAUGUGCAGGCACAGACUAGCCGACAGACGUACAAGGUGGCGGUUCUCUACGUGGCACCAGGUCAGGAGGACAAGAGCUCCAUCUUCUCAAACAGCCGGGGGAGCAGAGAGUACGAGGAGUUCCUGGCAGGUCUUGGCUGGGAGGUGGAGAUGGAGACUCACUCUGGCUACAUGGGAGGUCUAAAGAGGGAGUUCUGUGCUAACUGCACCCUGCCCUAUUAUGCCACCUCCUCUGAAGAGGUGCUCUUCCACGUGGCUACCAGACUACCCCUCAAGAUUGAUCAGAAGGUGCGUCACCUAGGUAAUGACUUUGUGCACGUUGUGUGGAGUGAGCACUGGAGGGACUAUCGAAGGUCCACCUUCAGAACUCAGUUUGGUGAUGUCAUUAUCAUCAUCUACCCACAACCAAACGGACUCUUUAGAGUGCAAAUCGAUAUCAACAGCGAGCGUAAAGCAAAUGUCUCCCAAUUUGGCCCCCUGUUCGAUGGAGCGCUUGUGCCCCGGGACAGUCUACCAUCUCUGGUUCGAGCCACCGCCAUCAACGGCUUGAGGGCGUUACGCAGCUCGCUCAUAGGUAGCAGGGGAAGGUACGAGGAGCGGCUACAAAACAUCCACAAAAUCACAAAAAUGAAACUCAUGUCGUCAUUUGAGGAAUUUUCAGAGAGUGUGAUGCACCCGCUAGAGAUGAGCUCUGCACAGCCUACAAUGUCAUCUCGAAGAGCCAGUCCAACGAAGAUUGUGUCAUCACAAAUGUCCUUCCCUUCCAUUGCACACCAUCACAAGAGCCACUCCCCCUCCCCACACAUGUCACACCAUCACAAGGAUCACAAGGGGUCUUCCCCUUCCCCACACCUUUUCUCGUCACAGAACUCUCAUUCUCCUAAAACCUUUUCAUCGUCCUUUCUCAGGAUCCCUACUCUGAAGGACAGGGUGGUGGAUAGGUUCUCUCCUCCUCAUAGGCACCGAGCCAGCACUAACGAUGAUAGAAUGCAAGCUUCUCCAAAAUUCAAAGGAAUUCGACGGAAUAGUUCUGUGCCAGAUCUCUCUGAAAUAGGAAAGCUGUCAGCUUCAGAUUCCAAGUCAAUCUCAGAUAGCAAGAAACUCUCUGACUCAACAAAACUUAGGACUGUGAAUUGAUUUACUAUUUAUUCACAUAUACAUGUUAUAUAAUUAUAUCUCAAAGCUUCAUUGUUCUUAUCCUAUAAUUAUACUGGUAGUAAACUGUUUUAAUUGUAUUCAUGAUUUUUGUGGUAAAAUUUUGUUAGUAAAUGUUUUUCCUCAAUAACCAGUACUAUAAACAA